AUGGGAGCCUUUUUGAACAAACCCGAGACUAAGAAAUACAACGAGAGCGGGGAAGGUAAUGGUCUACGCUAUGGCGUGGCGUCGAUGCAGGGUUGGCGCGUGGAGAUGGAAGAUGCGCAUCACGCGCAGCUUACUUUAAAUGGUACACUGUCGGACUGGUCUUAUUUCGCCGUAUUUGAUGGUCACGCAGGUGCGCGGGUUUCAGCUCAUUGCGCUGACAACCUGCUGGAAUGCAUACUACAAACUGACGAGUUUCGGCGGGAGGAAAUAGCCGAGGCAAUACGCGCUGGCUUCUUAGACCUAGAUAAGAAGAUGAGAGAGCUUCCCGAGUUGUCUAAUGGGCAGGAGAAGUCGGGUUCAACGGCCGUAUGCGCUUUUGUUUCGCCCAAACAGAUAUAUAUAGCUAACUGUGGAGAUUCGAGAGCUGUACUCGCAAGAAACGGGGCGCCAAUAUUUGCCACUCGCGAUCAUAAACCCGAGCUGCCUUCGGAGAAGUCGCGUAUAGUACAAGCUGGUGGGUCCGUGAUGAUCCAACGCGUCAAUGGGAGCUUGGCGGUGUCGCGAGCACUCGGCGACUAUGAAUAUAAAAAGGUGCUGGAUCGUGGACCUUGUGAACAGCUUGUGUCGCCUGAGCCGGAGGUGUCAGUUCACGAGCGGUCUGAAUCUGAGGAUGAGUUCUUGGUGCUUGCUUGUGAUGGAGUUUGGGAUGUGAUGAGCAAUGAGGCCUUGUGCGCUUACGUCCACUCUCUGCUCCAGCUUACAGAUGACCUUGUGACAAUAACCAACCAGGUCAUUGAUACCUGCCUUUAUAAGGGAAGCAAGGACAACAUGAGCAUUGUUCUAGUGGUGUUCCCCGCUGCCCCUAAACCGAGUCCUGAGGCACAGCGUGCCGACCGCGAGCUCGAUGAGACGUUGCGACAGAGGCUCACAGCGCUGAUCAAACGCAAUGCCGAAUGCGAGGAGCCCGAGGAUUCGGCGUCUCACUUCUCCUCUGUGCUGAAGCAGCUUGUCGAGGAGGACAUACCUGGUUUGCCGCCCGGCGGUGGCUUAGCCGCCAAGCAAGCGCUCCUGGACAAGAUAUACAGGGAGUACUACCCAGAGCACGCGGACAGCUCCGACACGUUCGAGUGCCAGAACGAGAUGGCGGACGCGUUCGGCGCGAAC